CGCAAAUCGAUUCGAUCAGUCGCAACCGUCAAAUCAAGUUGAGUGUCAAGGAGCCUCCGCCGUUGUCAUGGCUAGAUUAAAUUGGACACUUUGGCUCUUCGCCACGAUCGUCGGAGUGAUCAGCAGCGACAUCACGAAUGGCAAUUCAAGCAUGGCAACAUAUCAACGUAUGAUGAAAUUACGCCAUUUGGCGGUCGAGUUCUUUGACUUCUACGAGAAUGUUACGGUCACGGAUUUAAAACCGAGAAUUCCUACGGAACAGGAUUUAUUGUGUGCCGCAGAGGUGCAGCAACUCGGACAGGCACUGCAGUCCGGAAGUCUUUGGGCCUUGCGAAUGAUUGAUUCCUGGGGUGGAUUGCCAUCCGGUUUGCUUCAUGGCAAUCUCAAGGAUUUGGGCAAUUUUGAUGAGUGCAUUCGUAUUCAGCAUGAGAUGACAACAACUGGUCACUUACUACGCGGUAAAUAUUGCAGCGCCAAACUGCCUGUGGGCAGCGUUUUGGGUGGAAAUUCUCCGGCUUUGAGUUCAUUCAGUGCACAGACCGCUGUCUGCUUUCCUGCCUCCUGUUCGGCUGAAAACAUCGACGCCUUGCUGGGUCAACUGCUGCAGCGGCUGCUCAACAUUGAGGUGAACACGCAGCUAAUCAAUGAAGCCAAUUGCCAGACGGCCGAGAAGGAGCCUUUGGAUGGACUUGCGAUUUUCACUAUUGUGCUGUUUGGCAUUCUCGCUGGCCUCAUGUUGCUGACCACCAUCUGGGAUUACUUUUUCUGCCACGAUCAAAAGCGACUCCCCGCUGUGGUGCAAAUCUUUUCGGCACGUGUCAAUUCUCGUGCCUUGUUCCGUUUCUCGGACAGCAAAUCAAAUCCAAAUGUUAUCGACUGUCUGCACGGAAUACGCGGCUUGUCGCUUAUGUGGGUGAUUUACGGUCAUGAUUAUCUGAUGGCGGCGGCAUCGCCCAACAUCAAUCUGGUGGACAUUGUGCCGUGGUUCAAAUCUCCGUACAGCAUGUUCACCAUCCAUGCUCUCUUCUCGGUGGAUACGUUCUUUUUCCUGAGUGGUUUGCUCAUUGUCCUCGUUGCUUUGCGCACUAUGGAAAAAACCCGAGGCAAACUGAAUGUUCCCUUGAUGUAUUUGCAUCGUUUCCUGCGCCUCACGCCUGUCCUAGCCUUGGGCAUACUCGGCUACAUGGCAAUCUUGCCCGUAAUAGGAGGUGGACCAGUCUACAACACCAUCAUCCUAGCCCAGAAGGCGAACUGUGAGGAGAGUUGGUUCUGGACACUGCUCUAUGUACAGAACUAUGUGGCGGCCGAGACAAUGUGUCUGGGGCACAGUUGGUAUCUGGGCGUCGAUACGCAGCUGUAUGUGAUAUCACCGCUGCUGUUGGUGGCGCUUUACAAGUGGGGCAAGAAGGCAGUCGCUGGCAUUGUCGUCUUCAUGCUGCUCCUCGCCGCCUGCCUCUUCAGCAUGAUGAUGGUCCGUGGUUAUACUUUGCAACUAAUGGUGGAUUCCAAUAAGAUUUACUACACGACACACACGCGUGCCUCACCUUGGAUAAUUGGUCUGCUCUUUGGUUACUUUUUGCACGUGAAUCGCGGGAAAUCUUUCAAGCUGAAACCUUUGGCAGUCUGGGCUGGUUGGAUUUUUAGCUUGGCCUUGAUCUUUGUCUGCCUCUUUGGCAUUUAUCCAUAUGCAGCCAAUGGUUAUGAGUUGCCCAAACUCAACGAAGCCUUCUACGUGACGCUGACUCGCAUCGCGUGGCCUAUCGCUUUGAUCUGGGUUGUGUUUGCCUGCAAAUAUGGUUAUGGUGGAUUGGCCAACAGUUUCCUCUCCUCUCCGCUGUGGCAGCCGCUGUCAAAGCUCUCGUAUUGCGCCUACAUUUGGCACUUUUUUAUCUUGCAACUCAAUGGCUUUAGCACACACACAAGCACCUACUUCAGUGACUAUCAAGUGAUGCUGCGCUUCUGGCCAGACUUUGGCUUCACCGUAUUGUUGGCGUAUGUGAUGUACAUUCUGGUUGAGGCUCCCACGGGUGGCAUUCAAACACUUUUGCUGCCCAGCGGCAGGCCAAAGGCGUCUCCACCAAAAGCAGAUGCACCAACAAUUGAGCCGCGAGUUAAUGAAGGCGACACGCAAGCUGCGCCUCCGGUGGCGUUGAAAACGCCUUUGGAUGGUUAAAUUCAUAAGUUACUCGUCUCGCUACUCACGUAUUUAAUAUUUAUUAAUAGAUUUGAACAAAUUUUAU